UUUGAGAAAUAGAACAACACUUUAAUAUAGGAUCUUCAAGGUUCUUAAUCUUGUUUUUGUUACCGUUUUUAGAUAUUUUCUUUUUCAAGAAAAGAAAACCAAUACGCUUGUAGAGGCAAAGAUGAUGGAGAAGAAGAAAGUGGUGGGAAUGCUGGUAAUGGUAUUGCUGUCAAUGGUAGGGGUUUGCUGGGCCUGGGGAUGGCAAGAGAUGACAAAGGAAACUGUGAAGGACUCCUUGCCUGAUUCGGGACUUGACAACUUCCUCGUGGUUAUGGGACAGAAAUUUGAGAAUGCAAGAGAGGCGGCUAAAGAUAUGAUGGAUAAAGGUGGAGAUGGUGCCUCAAUGUCUGCCUCUGAUUCGAAUCAGGUUGAUAAUGGUCGAGAGACAAUGGCAUAUGGGGAAGACAAAGGAGACGAUGCCAACGACGAAGCUCGGCAUGAAGCUCAUCAUGCAGAAGAAAAAGUUGCAGAUGCGAUGGAGCAUGGAAGAGGUGAAGCUCAUCAUACGAAAGAUGAAACUGCAGAUGCAAUGCAGCAUAGAAGAGAUGAAGCCCAUCAUGCGAAAGAUGAAAUUGCAGAUGCGAAGGAGCAUGGAACAGAUAAAGCAGCAGAUACAAUCGAUGAUGCCAAAGAACCAUUGGCAGAAACCAAUAAAAAUGCUAGAGAUAAAGCGAUCGAUGCCUAUAAAAAAGGCAGUCAAGAAACUAAGGAAGCAGUAAAUCAUGGAUCAUCUGCUGAUAGGAUCUUCAGUGAAGAUGCUAUGGCUAAGUUUGAGGCCUGGAAAGAGAAGGCUUACCAUGUUAUAAGUGAUUAUGUAGCUUGGACCAUGAUUAAGGUUGUACUAUCGCACGGAAAAGAUGAAGCGAAGGCUUGUGAUCUUGUAAGUGAUGAUGUAGCUAGGAUUAUUGAUAAGGCUGCAGCCCAUGCCUAUAAUGAAAUAGGAGGAUAUACAUAUGCAUCUGGUGAUAAGAUCAUGAGUGAAGAUUUUAUGGCUAAGUUUGGUGAUAAGAUCAUGGGUGAAGAUGUUAUGGCUAAGUUUGAGGCUUUGACAGAGAAGGCUUCCCAUAUUAUAGCUGAUGGUGUAGCUAGGAUCCUUAAAGGUAAGGCUGCAGAAUCAAUCUCGCGUGGAAGAAAUGAAGUUUCCCAUGUCUAUAAUGAGGUAGAGGAAACAUAUGUAUCUGGUGAUAAGAUCACGAGUGAAGAUGUUAUAGCUAAGUUUGAAGCUUUGACAGAGACGGUGUGCCAUGUUAUAGCUAAUGAUGUAGCUAGGAUUAUUAAAGAUAAGGCUGCAGAAUUAAUCUCGCAUGGAGAUGAAGUUUCGCAUGCCACAUAUGCAUCUGGUGAUAAGAUCAUGAGCGAAGAACUUAAACCUAACUUUAAGGCCUGGGAAAAGAAGCCUGCCAAUGCUAUAGGUGAUGAUGUAGCUAUUAAACAUAAGGCUGCAGAAUCAACGUCGCACGGAAGAAAUGAAGUUUCCGAUGCCUAUAAUGAAGCAAUCAAUAAGGUAAGAGGAACAUAUGUAUCUGCUGAUAAGAUCAUGAGCAAGGAUGUUAUGGCUAAGUUUGAGGCUGCCAUGGAGCAGGCUUCCCAUGCUUUAGGUGGUGCUGUAGGGGUGAUGGAAGGUGAGGAAGCAGAAUCAGAAUCACAUGGAAGAGAAGAAGAUUCAAAUGCUUAUGAUGAAGCUAAGAAUGAGUUGGGAGAAACAUAUGCAGCGGCUGAUAAGAUCUUGAGUAUGGAUGCUAUGGCUAAGUAUGAGGCUGCCAAAGAGAAGGCUUCCCAGGCAAUGGGUGAUGUUGGAGCUAGAAUGAGAGCGAAUAUUGCACGGGUCUGAGUUAAACUAGUUAUUUGUUAUCUUAACUUAUUUACUAGCUUAUGAGUUAAGCUAUUUGAUGUAAUUGUAAAUUGUUGAGUUAUUUGCUUUUAGUUUGAGACUUCUGAACGUUUGCAUAGUGGGUUACUUCAUAUAGCAAUUUCUGUUGCAACAUUAAA